AUGAGGCGAGUGGUAGUGGAUUUGAGGCCGAAGGAGUGUUACGACGAGGGUCACUUGGAAGGGGCGUUCAGCUUCCCGUGGGAGGAUAUACAGAACGAGUCUUGUGGGCUACCACCGCGUGAAACUUUGCUCACCGCCAUCGUAGACGAGCGAAUAGACCAAGGAAGUGUUACGGCAUACCUUUCCCGCCUUCAGUACGCGGCGUUGGAGGUAAGGAUGUUGGGACAGCACGAAGAGAUGGUUCGCCGGCCACCGGAAGGUUUUUGUUGGGUUCCAAACCCUUUUCUCGUGAGCGUGUUGCGGUUUGUGGAAGAGUCGAGUAGCGGUAUCUCGUUUGCACUUGACAUUGGCUCCGGCAGCGGAAGGGAUAUGGUCUUCCUGGCCUCCCGUGGGUGGCAUGUUGUUGGAAUCGAGAACCGGAGGCGGCUUAUUUGGCAAGGGGAGACGCUUGCCCGCAAACACGACGUCUCGGGGCGGGUGGCCUAUUUGCACAGUGACAUCAAGGAGGCUUACCCAGUAAGAAGUGGGUCGGUGGACCUGGUGCAUGUCUGCCGCUUCUUGCACAGGCCGUCCCUCAGCCGCUUGCUUGAACUUCCACGCCGCGGCGGCCAUCUCGUGUACAGUCACUUCCUUGAGGGCUGCCAACACACCAAAGUCGGCCACCCUUCGUCACCCGCUGGUUUCUGGAGAAGGGGCGAACUGCGAUCACUGCUGGAGGAUGCCGGUUACGACGUGAUCCAUGAGGAGGAAACGACGCUUCCAGACACGAGGCCAUUUUUGCACAUUCUUGCCAGGCGGGCAGUCUGA